AUGGCAAGGCUAAUGCGCGAACAGUGGCAGUUCAAGUUCUUCGACGUCUCGCAAGUCAAGCUCCCGGACGACGAGAGCUCCUUCCUGUCCGAGGUUGGGAAAAUCACGUGCAUAGUCUCCGGGUCAGAGAGCAUCUUCUUUGGCAGUGCAGAUGGCGUCGUUCGCAUCGUGUCGCAGGCCUUCAAGGUCGUGCGCGCAUUCAAGGCCCAUGACGCAGGCGCAAUCACCCACAUGAAGCAGAUUGAAGGCACCUCGCUCCUAGUCACCAUAGCAGAAGAUCUGUCAGCCGAGCCGAUACUAAAAGUAUGGGCUCUGGACAAGCUAGAGAAGAAGACGGGCAUUCCGCGGUGUCAGAGCACCCUCACAGUUCACAAUGGACGCAAGCAGUUCCCCAUAUCCGCAUUUGCCGCCCUCGAUGACUUGUCGCAACUCGCUGUCGGAUUCGCAAACGGCGCUGUCACCGUCGUACGAGGCGAUUUGAUCCACGAUCGGGGCGCGCGGCAACGGACAGUGUUCGAAUCUGAAGAGCCCAUCACUGGCAUCGAGUUCCGUGAGGGAAGCAUUACAACCCUAUACAUCGCAACCACUGCGCGUAUCCUGACACUGGUGAUAUCUGGAAGGGGACAAGGGCAGCCUGCAAAGUCACUUGACGAAUAUGGUUGCGGUGUCGGCUGCAUGGCCGUAGACAAGGCGUCUCGAGACGUCGUGGUGGCACGGAAUGAUGCUAUAUACUACUACGGGCAGCAUGGUCGCGGGCCGCCAUACACGUACGAGGGCGAGAAGAAGAUGAUCUCGGUAUACAAAGAUUACGUCGCCAUCGUUUCACCUCCAAAGUCAAAUACGAUGCCCCGAUCCAACCCUCUCCGAGCUUUUGGUGUUGGGGCAGCCGACGAUGUCUUCAACACGUCUAGUUUCACCCUUCUUAACACCGAACUGAGGUUUGUUGCGCACCAGGAGCAGUUGACAUCGCAAGUGAAAGCCAUCAUAUCCGAAUGGGGUGAUCUCUUCGUCUUUACAAUUGACGGAAAGAUCCUCAGAUAUCACGAGAAGCCCUUUGCACAGAAAUUGGACAUACUCUACCAACGUAACCUAUACGUCCUGGCCAUCAACCUAGCCCAGAAAGCAGGGCUGGAUUCUUCGCAACAAAAUGUCAUUCUCCGUAAAUUUGGCGACUACUUGUAUUCCAAGCAGGACUACGACACCGCUAUGCAACAGUAUCUAAAGGCUAUUGAUAAUACGGAGCCAUCCCAAGUCAUUCGGAAGUUCCUUGAUACGCAAAGGAUACAUAACCUGAUAGAGUAUCUCGAAGAGCUUCACGAUCAUCACAAAGCGACAUCUGAUCACACGACCCUGCUGUUGAACUGCUACGCUAAGCUCAAGGAUGUAGAUAAGCUUGAAGAAUUCAUCAAAUCACCCGAUGACCUCAAGUUCGACCUGGACACUGCUAUCUCCAUGUGCCGACAGGGAGGCUACUAUGACCAGGCAGCCUUCCUAGCUCGAAAACACGGUGAGCAUGAAUUGGUUGUUGACGUGCUAAUCGAGGAUUCAAAACGGUAUGCGGAGGCCUUGGCAUAUAUAUGGCGACUAGAGCCCGAGGUAGCUUACUUCAAUCUCAUGAAGUAUGCUACAGUACUGCUGCAGCACAUCCCCAGAGACACUACGCAGCUGUUCAUCGAUUACUAUACUGGAACUUUCCGACCGAAGAAGGAUGCUAUAGUCAUACCUAAUGCUCCUUCCUCUGGAGGGGGCAUAGGAAUGGGUUUAGGCGUUGCAUCAAGCGCUGUACAGAAUCUUGCCGCAUUGCUGCCGCUACCCUAUAUGAACAGCAACGCACUGGCGUCGCCUCCCACGGGUGAGCAGAAAGACACUAUGAGCCAAGCUCAAAUCGUCGAGACGACUACAGACGAGCCUGCGCCAGAGUACAAAGUGCCAAAGCCGCGAACUGCCUUCUCGGCAUUCGUCGACCAUGCUCAAGAAUUCAUAGUGUUUCUUGAAGCAUGUAUUGCAUCCGAUGACCUCCGCGAAGAUGACAAGGUUGAUCUGUAUACCACUCUAUUCGAGAUGUACUUGCAUACUGCGUCCUCGAAGAAAGAUGGCGAGCGACAAGACUGGGAAAACAAAGCCAAGAAGCUCAUCGAGGGAAAAGACAUACCCAUAGACACUUCGAACGUCUUAUUACUCUCUCAUCUUUCCAACUUCCGCGAUGGUGCGAUCCUCGUACGCGAACAACAGGGACUUCACUUUGACAUCUUCCGUUCCUACACCGCCGCAAACGACACCCAAGGCGCCAUUCGCGCGCUACGAAAAUACGGCCCCGAGGAGCCAGCUCUCUACCCCGCUGCACUCGCCUACUUUACCUCAUCGCCUGAAAUCUUAGCUGAAGCUGGCGACGAACUGGAUUCGGUUCUCAAAAAGAUUGACGACGACGGCCUCAUGGCUCCUCUUCAAGUAAUUCAGACCCUUUCCACCAACGGCGUCGCAACUAUGGGCAUGAUCAAGGCCUAUCUCAGUACGACCAUCGAACGCGAACGCGCUGAAAUUGCAGCAAACCGCCGUAACAUUGAGACUUUCCGCGCUGACACGGAAAGCAAGAAGAUCGAGCUAGAGAAUCUCAACACUAAGCCUGCUGUGUUCCAGAACUCGCGCUGUCAGGUGUGCAUGAAGACUCUAGAGUUACCCGUUGUUCACUUUCUGUGCAAGCAUAGCUAUCAUCAGAGUUGUCUCAGUACGGAUGAGGAUGUGCAUGAUGCCGAGGUUGAGUGCCCCAUUUGCAGCUCGAGUAAUGCGACGGUCAAGGCCAUUAGGCGCGCGCAGGUGGAAAGCGCGGAGAGACACGAUCUCUUCCAGGAUGCACUCAAGAGGGGUAGGGAUGGUUUCGCGGUCAUUAGUGAGUGGUUUGGAAGGGGAGUUAUGGGCGUUGGUAGUGCGGAGUAGGUUACGAAGGCGGAUGUACAACGAGGGUAUUAGGGAUUAUUGAGGGUUGCAUUAACAUGUCCAUCAAA